AGCCGCUAGUCGUCCCAAGUCCGUCAAGCAGCUUGGAACUCCCGUUUUUUUCCACGCGGCUAAAAAUACUUGAAAAGUGUCCAAAAAAUCUAUUGGCAAAAUCGAAUCGGCCUAUUCUCCUUUUGUUUUCUCACGUCUCAAGUUACGAGGCGUCGCGACGCUCAACGGCGAGAUUGGCAUUUCCUUUUUUUUUUACUCGGAUUUGUCUAUACGCUUGAUAUUACAAUGGGACUGUCUAGACCAUGUGUUAAGAAAAGAUUAUUUUUCUUGAAGAAAAUGGUGAAAAAGGAUAAGUUGCGGAACGAAUGAUGUUCUAAAUCUUUUGACAAUCCUGUGUAAUAUUUACGGGAGUGACUGUGAGUGACCGUUGCGUAUCCACGUAUAUCGUAUAUGUGCUGAAAUUGCGCAAACUGCAUUGCCCGACUAUAUACGGAUACGUUUAAGGAAUCUACACACGCAAGGACUAUAUCGGUUUGAUAGAAGAGACUGAUUUGCAACGUACGUUUAAUCGUAAUUUCUGUAUGUAUAUAUAUAUAUAUACAAUGUGUAUAUACAUUUUAUAAAAGAUAAGCUUACGCUUCUAGUGUACGUGUGAUAUCAUCUGGUUUCAUCUUAAACGAGAGUUAUCUGAAUUGAUCGGUCCAGAACACAUGUGCGCAGUGGCUAUUACGAAUGGAAAACAAUUUUCACGUGCACGUGUCCCAGUGCUAUUGAAGCCAGUUUGACAGGUAGACAUUUUGAAAAAGUGACCGGUUCAAAGAAAUCAUAAAGACAUAUCGAAAAGUACAUUCGCAAUAAGUCAAGGACAACUUUUGUUCCUUCAUUGAUUCGUACUUGUGUUUAGUACGGAUGUUGACAGUGCCAAAGUGUUUAAUUGUUACAAGUGUACACAGUAUUAAGUUUUUCUUUUAGUGUAAGGUUGCAUUGUACAUUUGGCGGGAAGUUUGAAAAGACGUCAAAAUGUUUUUCGGCGGAUACGGAUAUUCUGGACAGAGUCAAAAUAAUCCUGCUUCGCCAACACGUACGAGCGUUUGGGGCAGUGCAUAUAGUCCCUUUAAGAGCACCAACACACCCUUACCGGACAUCACAAUGAGCCAGACGCUUCCACUGCUCCAUGGUACGCACGUGAGGUCACCUGGCAAGACAUCCCCCACUGGGGCCAUUGGGGGUGUACCCGGAAUCGGAGCCGGGGGUAGAACCAUGAAGGAAUACGAGGAUCAGUUGGAAGCCUUGAAGAAGGAAAACUUCAAUCUCAAACUUCGAAUAUAUUUUCUGGAAGAGAGAAUGGGUAUUACUUCGGCGGAUGAAGGUGCUGUCAAGAAGAAUAUUGAGCUUAAGGUGGAAGUGGAAUCCUUGCGGAAGGAAGUAAUCGAGAAGCAGGAACUUCUCAGUCAGGCGGCUAAAGCUUUUGAGCUUAUUGAAGAGCAGAAGGAAGUGUCGUCGCGCAACCAGGCACAAUAUCAGCAAUCGCUUGAAACUGAACGUGAGAGGAUAGCGCAACUUGAGAAGGAACUGGAAGAGUACAAAGAGAAAGUGAUGGACAGUUCAACAUACUACAAAGAGACUUUUGGUAUAACGCCUGAGAAAGCACUGGAGAAUGAAGAAAAAUUACACCAGAUGGAAGAGUUGGUAGCGUCUCUUGAGGCCGAGGUAAAGCAGAUUACAGGGAGUCUCGAGGAGGAGAGAAAUUGGGCAUUAGAAUUGGAGAGCGAGAGGGAUCAGUUGAAGGAGCGUUUAACGAGCGAGAUCAAACUACGUGAGACUUUGACAAUCGAAAGAGACAAAGAAAUAGAUAAUCUACGAGAGAAAGUUAGGGAUUUGGAAGAUCAAUCCUUUAAAAAAGAAAGCAUUGUCCAGCAGUAUAGAAACGACCUGGCCGAGAAGGAGAGGAUCAUUCGCGAGAAGAACAGCCUCCUUGAAGAGAAGAUCAGAGCAUAUGAAGAUCUUGUUGCUGUUUCUGAGAAGAGGAAGAAGCAAGUUGAUCAGCUGAGAAUUUCCGUAAAGUCAAGGGACGAUGCACUUACAGAUCUCAACAACAAGCAUCGCACACUUUUGUCUCAGUUUGAAAAUAGCAACACCAGACGUUACUCGCCUCCUUGUAGCCCAUCGACGUUAAACUCCGUCGAAGACUCGCAGUCGCCUAGAAUGGGUCAGAGGUCAUCCUGUUUCAACAGCCCGCCGAAGACCUGUCCGUUGGAUUGGGAACCAAACAGAGAAAGAUCUUUAAGGGUCUCACAGACUGCGUAUUCUGAAUCCAAAGAACUUAAAGAAUUGUCUAAGGAUCUGGAGGAUCGCGAACGAGAACUGAAGCGACAGGAAGAAGCAAAGAAACAGUUGAUCCUAAAAUUGUGCAAUACACAAAAGUCGGCUGAGUCCACUGAACAAAGGAGAAAGAAAUUGGAGGCGGAGCAUGAGAAAGCUCUAAAGAUGAUCCAGGGCUUCAUGGAGCGCCAGGAGCAUCUAGAGGAUAUGCAAGUUAAGAAGGACAGAAAGAUAAUGGAAUUGGAAGUGGAACUUAACAGACUAAGAAGUUUGGACGGUUCAUAUUCAGGAGGGUCAAAAGUCAGAAGUGUACGAAGGAACAUCAGCAACGACAUGACGGAGAAUCCGGAGCGUGACCAGUGCAGCAGCCAGCGACGAUUCGAGGAAAUGGAGAGCAAGAUUAACGACCUCAGGGAUCAGAUUGAGAUCAUCAAGGCUGAGAAGAAUAGACUUGAGAAGCAGAUUCAAAUUGAAUCAGAGGAAGUUCAGGAACAGCUGCGAGAACGUCAGCAGAGGAUAGAGAUUCUUGAAUCUGAAAGGAGCAGCAUGAAGAACGAAUUAAGAGAAAAGUCCAUAGAGUUGGAGAGUUUGAAAGAGGCUUAUCAGGAAGCUACUAUUAAGAUUAAUCAUUCAGAAUCUAGUAGUACGGAGGAUCAAAUUAGAUUGCGCCAAGAACUGACGUUCAAAAAUAUUGAACUCGAAGAGAAAAAUCAAAGGAUUGAUCAGCUGACUAAAGAGCUACAAAUAAAGACACAGAAUUUGCAAAAAUUAGUGAACACUGAGCUCUGGAGUAAAAACAAAGAAAUUGCGAAAAUGCAUAAUCACAUGACAGCUACACUCUGUCAUGAUAGAAGUCGAAAUCGUUCAGACAUUAUUCAGGAAAGUGCCAGCGCGCAGCUGACAAACCUUAUAAAAGAAUUGGAUGACAUUGGAAUCAAAGUAAAGUUUACUAACGAAGUUAUUCAACUGAAUUACGUCAACGGAAGUGAACCCAUUGAUGUAAAGACUAUGACGAGUUACGUGCAGAAACUUGUAACUCAAAAGAAUCAAUUGGAAAAGGAAGUGGAUUAUUUGAAGUGGCUAAAAUUAGUGACUAGCCCGGAAAUAGCCCGUGAGAUUGAUGAGUCUGUAUCAGAAAGCGAACGUGCGAAGAAGUACUGUGAACUCUUAAGAAUGCAUCUUAAAGACUUGAUGAAGUUCAUGAAAGAAAUGUUAAGAAAUGGCGGACAAUCAGAUACGUUGAGUAACGAGCAUCAGAGAAUCGUUCUGGACGCUUUACUCAGUUCAAAGAUUCUGUCCAAUGACUUUGUUCAUGUUCUUGAAGGCAUGUCUGCCAAUGAAAUUCAAUUAAAUGAUAAAGUCAUGGAAAAAUGUGAUGGUUCCAUCAAGAAGAGUCAUUCCGAGAAACUUUUGAACAUGGGAAAACACCAGGUAUCGACUCAAUCCGAUUCUGAAGGAUAUUCCGAACCCGACAGGAGCGUCUCUUUGGCCAGGAUCGGAUUGUUACAGGAAACUCAACAAAAACUUCUGAACAGACCCAGGUUCUCCAAGUAUACAAAGACCUUUAGCGAUUCUGAAGAUUCUGUGGAUUAUAUUCCGUAUCAUAAAACAUAUCAGAAUGAUUUGAAUGACGGAGAUGCGAGUCAUCAACUUCAGGAACUCAAGGACACUAAUCAACUACUCUAUGAUGAAUUGAGUGCCUUAAGAAAAGAACUAAUAAACAAGGCUUCCUACGACUCUACACUCGACGAUAAAUUAACACCGCUAAUUGACAAAUUAGAAAAGUCACAGAGAUUCUGCGAGAAAUUACAGUGUUCCUUAGAGAGGCGGAUACACGAAUGUCACUCAUUGAAGCGUGAAAGUAAACAAAAUAGUAUGCGAAUAGCUCAGCUUGAAAAGAAGAUAAUUGAUGUUGAAAGUAUGGCGACGGAUGUAACAAAGCAGAAAACUGAGUUGCUUCAGUACAAAGAAAGCGCCGAGAGAAAAACCGCAGAAAUGUUAAUAACAUUGAAUAGAGAAAAUGAUGCGUUAAGGACUAAGAUAAAAAGUUUAGAAGAAGAGAACGAAGCGGCCAAGAAAAGUAUUGCGACGUACACAAAAGAACUGGAUCACUUAACUUUAUCUCAUAGUCAGAUUCUUGUAGAAAAUACUAAAUUGACCAAUGAGAAGUUAAGAUUAGAGCAGGAAGUCAGGAAAAUGGAAAGUAGAUACGAUCUAGCCGUUCGUGCUGUACAUGAUAAAUUUAGUAAGGAGGUAACAGAUCUCAAUCAAAUAAACGAAUCAAAUCGUGCAAGAAUGCAAGAACUGGAAGUCGUGAACAAAGAAUUACGAAGACACGUUGUUGUCUGUGAAGCUAGUGAUUCUGCUCCGAGUUCAAGUGGCAUAUCAUCAACACCAACAGAUGCGACAGUGAAGCAAACUUGCGACGACAUAAUGCAAGAAUAUCACUCCUAUAAUGGAUCACAGUAUUGGCUUCCAAUAAAUUAUCCUACGUUAACUGGACGUAGCAAGUCCAGUUGUUCUCCAGACCUGGGUAUCGAGAGUGACGCGGCUGUUACCACCACGAGGCCGCUCAAAGACACGCUCAAGAUCACAGAAUCCAUGACAAAUUUACUGAGCGACGAUGAGAACUGCAACAAUUGCACUCUACGAGAUUUGGACAGUGAAAGCCCGCUACCCAUAGAAGGUGGGCUUAAUUAUAGUCUGAACGAAGUGGAGGUACUGAAGCAGGAGAACGAGGCCCUGAAACGACGUCUGAUCAAAACUAGACGAGCCUUGGAGGAUACAUUUCAACAUCUGUCAGCUUCGAAUAAGAACAAGAAGAAUGUUGAGAAGGCUAUAACGAAACAACUGAUGAUUACAAAAAAUAUUCUGAAAAAGACAAGAACCUAUGAGGAACCCUUGGAGAACUGAGAAAUAAGAAUAUUUGAGAAUGACAGUUCAAGAACAAUAACUGGAGAAAUUUGGACCUUUGUUAGGAUGCCAUUGAUUUCUUACAGAUUGGUAGCUCGUUCUCCCAUACCGUUAAUUAUUCAUUCUUGUUCUUCUCAACUCCCCAUGUACACAUACUGAGCGUAUACCCUUUUUAUCGGGAUGACUGAGAGUUUAUACACUGUUAUGUAAAUGUAUAAUGACCUUACUUUAUAUAUAUGUAUGCACAAAUUUAUAUAUGCAUAUGUAUAAUGUUAGCAGAGGUCUGUAUAAUUGUAAUGAUUGCAACAAGAACAUAUUUUCUUAUAGAUCAUCGAGUGCUUUCUAAGAUGAUAUUAUCCGUCCUUCAUACUUGUCAAUUUUUUUUUUCCUCUUCAUUCUUCACUUUUUUGCGGACGGCAGAUGGUGUAUAUUGUGAGAUUUGUAUAUAUAUACAGAGAGAGAGAGAGAGAAGGUAUUUCUAGAAAUUCCAUAUUACUUUUUUCUUUUUUUUACUUAGAGAUUCGAUCACAAUCUUUGUCUAAGGACCGAACCAGAAAUUUAUACGAGUGUAUAUAAUUCCUAUGUAUUCGUUUUCAUCUGUACAUAACAACGAAUAAAGUGCCAUUGAUACUUGAAA